CUCGCGCUGUUCGUCAAACACACCGCCACGACUACUGCGUCUACAGUUCUACACAGUGCCCACAAAAAAAGACUUUAUUUUUUUUUUUUUGCUUCUUCUUCGUAAUUAAUUUGGGAUUAGACUUUUGCCGGUGAGAAAUCAGAAGAAACCCAAGGCGGCUAGAAUCUUCCGUCAGAAUCUCGGCCUAUAGAGAGCGAGAUCGAUGAAGAUAAAGCUAGUGGUAAAUCAAGAAAAUCGCGCCGACCAAGAUUUGCCCAUGAAGGAAGACGACAAUGAUGCUUGCAAUGAAUGUCCUAAACCAGCAGAGGAUGCCAUUCAAGAGGGGGAUUCCAGUCUUGCCAACUCUCCUCUCAGUUCUUAUUUGCAGUCUCUGGGUAAGAGGAAGAGAAAGCCCAAGGAGAUGAUCGAUGAGAUUUCGCCAUUACUAUCUCUGAAGAAGAAGAGGAGGAAGAAGAAACUGCAGCAUUCUGCUUCCCUCGGAUUGAAAGAGGAUACCUCCAAGACUCCGAGUCAAGUUAAGUCGCCUACCCUGAUUCGUGCGGAGGAGGUCCAAUCAAGCCUAGGCCAAGAACUUCCAACAGUCCUGAAAUCGUUAGUCAGAUCACACGUUGGCAGUUGUUUUUGGAUGGGCCUUCCGGUGCCAUUCUGCAAGAAAUACUUACCAAUGAAAGACACCACAGUUGUGCUCGAAGAUGAAAGUGGAGAAGAAUUUGAAGUCAAAUACAUUUCAGAAAAGACCGGGCUUAGUGCAGGUUGGAGGAGAUUUGCAGGGGAUCAUAAGUUGGUCGAAGGAGACGUUUUAAUAUUCCAACUAAUUGCAUCCGACAGAUUUAAGGUGUAUGUAAUAAGGACUAACGAUUUGACUGACGUGGAUGGUGCUCUUAGCCUUCUAAAUCUGGAGGUUCUUGCAAAGCAAAGCGAUGCAGCUGAAGGGACCCCAACAACUCCUAAAGAUAACUGCAAAAGGAAGAAACCCCAAAAAUCACUCCCAUUGGCAAUGGCGCAGAAGGAGAAACAGGAGAAGCCACAAAUGGAGGAACAGUCCGGUAACGAUAGUGAUGAGGUUGCUUCUGAAGUUUUUGACUGUUCCAAAUCCUCCUCUGCGCUUGCCGUAAUUUCUCUUGGAGACGUAAAAACUUUUGAGGAUUUCACCAUUGUGGUAAACAACGACGAAUGCCUAGACUCAGAGAUCCCCGUGCACGUACGAAGAAAAUACUUUGAGCUAUGCUGCACCAGAAAUGCUGUCCUUCAUGACAGUCUUCUCACUGGUCUCUAUACCAAGCUGGUUGCUGCCAUGAUUUGUGAGGUUGUUAACAUUGCAGAUUCCAUCCGAGCUUGCACGGUCAUAACAGGGAGGGGACAGUUUGAACUGUGGGACAAGUCAUUGAACUCUUUUGAGCUUCUUGGGAUGAAUGUGGGGUUUCUGCGGGCCCGGGUCGUGCGUCUGAGGACUCUUGCCUUUGAAUCGGAGGGUGGGUCCGAUGCGAGGCGGCAUUGGGAAGCUAAGGAGAGACUGAGUCAGUGUGAGGAUGAGGUGAGGAAUCUUGAAGCGAAGAUCGCCAAGUUGAGGGAAGAGUGUGAGGUGUAUGGUAAGGAUGUUGAGGCUCUGAGGCUGAAAGCCGAGAGUUACGAGCUCGGGUUUCUUGAAGUAGCCAAUGCUUCAUGGUAAGAUUUGGUUUUACUUGGUGUGUGGAGUUCAAAUUGGUCCAUGGUAAGAUUAUGGGAAAAGUCAUUUGUUUUGUAGUUGAUGUCAAUGGGGGUAGAAAAGAAGAUCACCAACCUGUGCUGUUUGUUAACUUGGUUGUAUAAGUAUGAGAUUUUAUAAAAUAUGAUAUGCAUGACCUAUAUAGAGUAUUAGGAGUUGAAAAUUGUCACAAAAUCAUAGGUUAAUAAUGGGUUAAGAAUUAA